CCCGCGGAGAAGAAGCCCGCGGCGUCCGAUAAGGCCGGGGAGGAGAAGGAGAAGAAGGCGGCGGAGAAGGCCCCCGCGGAGAAGAAGCCGAGGGCGGAGAAGCGCUUGCCCUCGUCGUCGUCGGCGAAGGAGGGGGGCGACGCGAAGGGUAAGAGGAAGAAGAAGGCGAAGAAGGGGACGGAGACGUACAAGAUCUACAUCUUCAAGGUGCUGAAGCAGGUCCACCCCGACAUCGGCAUCUCGAGCAAGGCCAUGAGCAUCAUGAACUCCUUCAUCAAUGACAUCUUCGAGAAGCUCGCCCAGGAGUCCUCUCGCCUCGCCCGCUAUAACAAGAAGCCCACCGUCACCUCCCGCGAGAUCCAAACCUCCGUGCGCCUCGUCCUCCCCGGCGAGCUCGCCAAGCACGCCGUCUCCGAGGGCACCAAGGCCGUCACCAAGUUCACGAGCUCCUAGGGCUUCGAUCCUCUUCGCUGCAAUGUAAUUCUUAGGGUUGUUUCUGAUAGGGUUAGAUUGCUAGGGUUUUGUGAUCUAUUUUUUGUAAUGAGUUUUUGCUUUUUUUGUUUUUGCUGGAAUUUCAAAUUGAACGCCCAAUCCAUCAGUUUCGGGGUUCUUUUAUUAGGGUUUUUCGCUGGAUCAUCGCAAGUAACUUUAUUCUGUUGAUAUGUACGGCUGGAUCUGUUUGAUUACGUGGAUCGACGGAUCUGAUUCGUCUGUAUGUUAUGUAGCAUAUUUGAUUAUAUAUAAGGUAUUCUACCCCGCAGGUUAUUUCUUUUUA